CCAAUUAUAGUUGAAAAAAAAGAAGCAUUUAUUAAAGCAGAAGAUCUCGUUGAUAUUCUGACAAUCAAACCUUGCCUGAUAAGCAGAGUGUAAUAACCUCAACAGUUUCCAUAUAGCCAGCCAAUCGCAAGGCUUCUUUUUCUACGUGUGUGUGGGUGUUUGUGUGUGUUAGUCUGUGUCUGUAUGUGUAUGUGUAGUUUCUAAUGUCUUACUCCGCAACGGAUCAUCACAAUGAGCUGGAUGUAUAUCUUUCUACCCAUCGCCUGGGGUGCUGUUGUGUCCUCUUACACCGUAGUGGAGCUGUACGUGAGACCAGGAGAAACCGUUACUGUACCUUGUGACUGUAAACUCUCAUCUGGUGAAACUAUUAUUUGGUACAGGAAUUGUUCUCAUGAAAAUCAGCCCCCACUUAUUCUGACAUGGCAGGAAUUAGAGGAGAAUAAGGACUCCAAAUUAUCCAAUCUAAAUGGGAUGUGGAACCAUUCUUCAAAAACAUACACUUUACUGAUUACGAACAUAUCUGAUUCUCACCUUGGUCUCUACUAUUGUCGAACUGAAAAAAAGUAUGUGACAGAGCAAGACCAGAAUCAUACAAAGUAUGAACACAGAUAUGGAAAUGUAACCACAAGGAUUUCAUUUGAUAUAAGUGUAGGUCCUACUCUGAGGGACAUUGAUACAAGUGGAGGUCCUACUCAGAAGGACAUUGGUUUUGGGGACUCUGCUGCUCCAGACUGUGGACAGUGCUGGAUGCUGCUGGUCACACUGUGCCCGUCCUCUGCUCUCCUCUCUUUGGUCCUCUACCUCCUCUGCAGUCACAUGGUUUGUGCCAGAAAACCCCCUGGCGUCUCUCAGGAAAACAGACCUUUAUUACCGCAACAUGAGGAUGAAAACUAUAGCCGUGUAUUUUAUGCUGUGAUGAAAACUCCACAAAAAUAAGGAUCUCACAGCUUCUUCGUUUGCAGUACGUGUGGGCUUUGAGAGGCGGAUUGGUUAGAGUUCCUUCCUCCACAACACACGCAGCCCAACGCACACACAUAGACUCACUCACAACAACAAACAAACACACAGUCGUACACACAAACACACAUGAAUUGAAAUUCCCUUGUGUUUGAAGGUAUUUUGAUGCCUUGAAAUUAGUACAACUUGGAUUGAUUUACAAUAUGUUACACAGAAAACAUUGAAAUAUGCAUUUGUAUAUUGUUUUAUACCCAAAAGUAACCUGUCUAUUAUAUGUUUUCAUUAAAUGUAUAAACAAAUCAAUAAAAUCCAAAGAUGUUG